AUGUCAAGAUUAAAAAAACCAUUAGAAAACUUAACAAUUGAUCCUCAGAAUCAAAGCUUUUUUAGCGGCAUUCACCAUAGACAUUCCUUAUCUAAUCCAAAUUCUCGAAAUUCAUCAUCAAGCAAUCCCCAUCAGCCAAAAAUUAAAUUUUGCAACAUCCUUACAAAUAAGCAUCAAUCUCUCAAUAGAGAAUCUCCUUAUGCUCAGAAUCAAUCUAUUUCAAAAGCCUACUCCAUAUCAAAUCUUCCCAAACCAAAAGAAAAGUCUAGGCUAAAGUCAGCUUCGACCUUGAGCUCCCACAAUUUAUCCUCUUUAAUAAAAACUAACAUUAAGGUGCCUCGAAAUGAAAAUUCACAAGAAGCUUCGUUUACAAACCUGAGUUUUUAUGAGGACUGGAAGAAAAAAAGCAAAGAAAAACACUCAUCAACAGAUAUGAAUCUUUCCGCAGCAAACUGCAUAAAUUUAAACGAUCAAAGAAUAGACUCUAAGGACCCCCUUUUAGAAUAUGCAAGGCAGAAUAGAGAAGUUCAAAGCUUAGAAUUCAAACUUACUAACCCCCCAUCCUCGAUCGAACGGCUCGCCAUCGUUCGAUCAAGGAUGGGGGUUAAAAAAAAAUUUAUAUAAAAUAAAAAAAUAUAUAUAUAUAUUAUUUUAUUUACUUUUAAAUAAGAGGGUUAAGAGUAUUUAAUAAUUAUUUUUACAUAAGAAUACAAAUUUUUAAUAUUUUGAUUUUUUGGUUACCUCUUUAAACUGUAUAAAUUUUAAUUUGUUUCUUAUUAAAUUAAAAUUUGUUUUUAAAAAUUUUAAAGAAUCUCUAUUUUCUAGAUUAUUAAGUUUUUUAAGCCUUGGUUGAUAACUAAAUCACUUCGAAUGGUGAUUCGUAGCUUUCUGUCGUCUCAAAGUCUCUGAAAACAACUUCAUUAGGUACAUCUUCACAAGCUUUUGAUGGCUAAUAUAUUUUUAUAUAUAUAAAAGUUUGCAUGAUAUGAAAAUCGUUCGAUCAAGGAUGGGGGUUAAUUUCCCCAAUUUUUAGGAAUUUUUUCAGUCAAUCGUUCGGUCAAAGAUGGGGGGAGUAAGCAAUUAAGAGACCAGUCUGGCAAGUCUAAUUCUCCAAAAAUGCAAAAAGAAGUUUUUGACAUCUAUAGCAAAAUGUUUGCAGAAAUCAUUGAAAAAGACACGUUAUUUGGGCCCCUAUUGCUAAAAAUCCAGCAUGCUUAUGAAGAUUGAAUGAUUUCAGCAACAAGUGAUUAUAAAGAAACCUCACAAAAUCUAAAAUUCGAGCUCUCUGAAUUAAGCAAAAAAUGCCAGUUGCAGAAUGAAGAUAAAAAAACCAUGGACAGAAAAAUUGAAAAAUUGUCAAAAGAAAAUUAUGAACUAAGUAAAAGUUUGGAAGAACAGGAAGAAAGAUACGCAGAACUGCAAGAAAAAAUAUUUAAAAUUGCAGAUAUAAAAAUUGAUCAACUGCCUAAAGAUGAUGAAACUUGAAAAUUUUUAGUUGCAGAAAAUCAGAACUAUGCAAGCGUUUGUGAGAAUAUGAGAAAUGAGCUGAAAAAUUAUGCGUAUAAAGAGAAAAAACUGCUAAAAUUGGUUUUAGCAAUGAAGAAAAGAGGAUACCCAGUAGAAGAAAUUUAUGAUCAAGAAGUUGCUCAUCAUAAAAAGAAGAAAAAGAAGCAGGAGCAGAAUCAGAAUCAGAUUGAAUCUGAAGAGUAUCCUGAUGAUACAGAAAAUGAGCAGCUUGUGUCAGAAAGGCUAAAGUAUAAGGCUAAGCCCGAAUCAAUUCCGAGCUUGAAUCUUAAAGAUAUACAAGCUGAAACUCUAUAUUCCUCCACAUCAUCAUCUGGCUCAUAUAAUGAUAGCGAUUCAUGCUUCAUCAAAACUCAAUAA